AUGGUGGACCAAAGCUUGGGCACCAGCCCAAAACUGGAGGACCUCUCCAGUAUUUCGGAGAUGCCUGGAGACGUCAAUGUAUCCAAAGACAACUCGAAAAAGGCCCCGGUUACCAACCCGGCCAACAUCCCUCCUCCCAAGACUGACAAGCCGCGUCCCCACGGCUGUACCACAUGCGGUCGGUCAUUCGCCCGACUAGAACAUCUCAAGCGCCAUGAGCGUUCGCACACAAAGGAGAAACCGUUCGAGUGCCCCGAUUGUUCACGUUGCUUCGCCCGCCGCGACCUUCUUCUCAGACAUCAGCAGAAGCUUCAUAUGGCAACAACCCCAUCCUCGCGGCCUCGAAAUGCCCGAAGAGAAAGCACUGGUGCCGCUGGUGCGGGAGCAAAUCGUGUGCGCAAGAACUCGAUAGCGAGCAACUCGAGUAACAUGCGCCCGCGCGCGAACACAAUCAGCCACAUCGACGGAGCUGGGCUUGGGCUCGUCCCCAAUACGAACCCGACUCCGGGACCGACUGGCCAUUCCGGUCAUGCCUAUCACCCUAGCCUCGGCUCGUCUGUGGGUUCAGGCAUCGACUAUCGAGGCUAUUCUGCGACCCAUCAACCUCCAGUAAAUGGGCUCACAAAGCUGGAGACGCAUGGAUUGCCUAUGGAUAUUUCCGGGGGACUCCGAACUGCGCCGGUAUAUGGUAGCCUCGAGUUCAAUAUUCCAGAGUACAUCGGUCACGGCAGCACCAUCAAUCCAGCCCAGCUCCACUUUGGGGGUUCCCCGCAACACUACGGGAAUGACGCGCCCUCUUCUCCAUACGGCACCCACCAUAUGCCUCAAGCCAACGAUGCCAUUAUGGAGGACGAGUACCACUUCGAUUGGAUGCAGAGAUUCGAUCCGUCACUGCCACUGGGUAAGAACAAUGAAUCUGCCAUUGAUGAGUCCUCGCCCUCGGCUAUGAGCACCGGCAGUCAGAGUGGAAUCAGUGAGCCUAUGAUGGAUGGGUCAAACCAGUUCUCAAUGCCUUCUGUGGGCUGGCAGAACCAGUUUCCACCCCAUCCGGCGGCAUCCGCGAGUCAGUUCGCCGAUUAUAGCUCUGCUACUUUUAAUGAUCUAGGCAUUCCACCUGAGACGGUCUCUCCCAAGUCCUUGAUGGCUCAAAACCCUUUUGCUGAGGCAUAUGCCACUCCUCCAUCCAUGACUUCCGUGGGCCAGCCCAUGCUGGGAGCACAUUCGCAGAGCAUGCCCUACGAACUCACCAUGCCCCAGCCUCAACCGAUACCUUUACAGACUCCACACGACGGGCUUUAUUAG